AUGCCUCGCCGCAUUCCCGACCGCUACAAAACUUAUGACGAGCUUAUUGCUGCUAUCCGCAAGGCCGGCAUCGAAUCUAUGCAGAUGAUUGUAGGAAUAGACUUUUCGAAGUCCAAUGAGUGGACCGGUGAAAAGAGCUAUCACUGCUCGCUCCACGACGCCAGCCGUGGGGAAACUCCCUAUAUACGCGCGCUUCGCAUCAUGUCCCAUAUUGUGAAGAAUUUUGAUGAUGAUGACAUCUACCCUGUAUACCGCUUCGGAUGCCUCAACACGAAAGAUCAAUCCGUUCUUCCUCUCUUGUACCCUGAACAGGAUGACCCCCACUUCGAAGGUUUUGCUGAUGUCUGUCAGGCCUAUAAUAGGAUUGCAUCGCAGAUUGAGAUGUCCGGCCCAACAACCUUUGCCCCAAUGAUCGAACAGGCGAUAGAGAUUUGCAAGGCAGACCCUAAGCAGUUUUAUAUCCUCGUCAUUUUGACAGAUGGAGAUGUGUCCGAUGUCGAGCUGGACAUGAAGGCCCUGAUUAAGGCAUCAAAUUAUCCAUUGGAGAUUAUUGCGAUUGGAUUUGGCGACGGACCAUUUAAAACUAUGAAGAUUUUUGACGAUAAGGCCAGGAAUCGCAAGUUCGACAACUUCCAGUUUGUCAAUUUCACCGAGAUUGAGAAGAAGUCCGCCAAAUGCGAAAACCCGGAAUUGAUUCUUGCUACAGCCAUGAUGCAAGAGCUUCCAGAUGCAUACAAGUGCAUUAAGAAGCUCAAGUACUUAUGA